AUGUAAGAAUUAAGUUAAAAUAAAUCUUUAGAAGCACCAAGUAUAUCAGAAACUAUUAAAAUAAAAAUUAAAAAGAAUCAGAUAUAAGAUUCUAAUGCAGUGAUUACAAUUAAAACAAAAGGAAAUAAAUAUAUUUUGUCUAAAUUAUAUCCAUAUUACUACUUAAGAUACAACCCAUUAUUGCUUGAAUAUAUUAAUGAGCAUGAAAUAAAAUCAUUUUUAGAUGAAAUAAACAAAUAAAUUGCAAACAAUUGGCCACCAAAAAAGUUGAUUAUGUUAUCCUAUUUACUAAUCCCUUUUAGUUGUGGAUUUUCUUUAUUAUUACCAUUCUAUUGUUUCAAUAAUGCAGAGAAAUUUGUUUAAUGGAAAAUUGAUGAAUAUAAUAUAAAAUGGGAAGAUAAGGGUUUACAAUUGAAAUGGUAAGAUGACUAAUUGUAAAUUCAUUUAUUCAAUAAGAGAGGAAAAUCAGAAGAAGAUGAUUAUCAUGAAAUUGAUGUUUUUAAUCCUUGA